AGGACGCAGCAAGUCCAUAGCGAGGCAGGCGAUGCUGCGGGCACGGACGCUUGCUGCGCAAUGCCUACGACGGGAGGCUGCUGCGCGCUCUAGAUGCAGCGGGAGGAGCGCUGGAGCGGCGUGUGCAGCUGCUAUGCCAACACCCGGCAGCAGCAGGGUUGUACAUGCCGGAUGCACGCUGCGGCGGUGUCUUCAAUCAGACGCACCAGGAGCGGCGACAGCGACGACUCAGAGCGAUGGGAGCGGAGGUCUGAUGCAGCAUAGCGACGUUGCUGCGCAAGGAUCCCAAGAGGCAGGCGCAUUGAGAACAGCACCAGCGCCAGACCCGGCUCUCCGGUUCGAUUUCGACGACGAUGUUGCCGGGCUGGUAGAGCGGCUCAACUACCUCGGGACACAAAACCGCGACAAUAGCAACCGCAACAACGGGGCCAGCGCAGCUAAGGAGGGGUUGCAGCUGCUCCAGGCAGCGCGCAGCAGAGGGACGAAGGACGCCCGGUUGUACAAGGCGGUUUUCAAGCUGCUGUCGGUGAACACCAACGCCGCGGCGAUCAGCAGCCUCUCGGAACAGAUGAAGCAAGACGGGAUCAAGCCUGACGUGGAAACUUACAACUUGAUCAUCUACGGGUACGCGAGCAGCAAGGACGUGGCCGGGGCGCGACGGACGUACGAAGAGCUGCUAUCGAGCGGCUUGGAAGCGAACGAAACGACGCUGUCCAACAUGGUCGUCGCUAACUCCUGGAAGGACAUUGAUGAAAUGAGAAGGUUUGGCUCUGCUGGUGGAACACAUACCGCUCCAGGCUGUUGUACGGUAGAAUUCUCCCCGCUUUAA